UCUUGUGCUGCUUCUUCUAUUAUUCGGUUGAGUGGGGGAAGGGGGAGGGAAAGUGGCGAGUUUUUCUUUUCCUAUUUAAUUUUGUUUUUUUUUUGUUUCGCCCUGUUUUGUUGUAUUUUGUGUAGGUGUAUUGACUUAAAGUUUGUUAUACUUCUUUGCCUUUUGUCUUUCAGUUCCAGGUUCAAUUUUGCUUCUUAUUUACGCUUCUUCUUCUUCUUCUUCUCCUUGGUCCCGGACAUGUUGUUUUUGUUGGCUUUGUUGGUUGAAGGAAACGCCUUCGAAACAUUUCGUUGUUUGUCCUUCGGAUGGCUUGGUUUGGAAAAUUUCACCAAGUUUGUUUUGACUGUUUUCAGUCUUGCAUUAUUUGUUUUAUUUCGUUUCGUUUUGAGAACAUAAAACAUUGAAAUGAAAAACUUUACAAAAAUUUAAACUACUUGUAACGCUUUUUCCUUCAAACAUACAUACAUAUCUGAACCUUAAUCCAUAAAUUUAUCGUUUUAGGAUAUGCGUUUUCGAAAAUCUUAAGUUUUUAUACAUUAUCUAUCACCGACAAAAUCUUAGUGAAACAGGCAUACAUAAUCCCCUCAUGAAAUGAAUAAGCAGACCAAAGAAUGGUCGCGAGCUCGACUUUGUAAGCCCAGAGAUAAUCUUACCACCGAGGCGGGAAACCGAGAACGCUUUGUGCCGUCCUGCGAACUAGAGUGCAGUCCGGUAUCGAUGUCGCACUUGAUUGGCUGGGAGUACGCUAGAAUUUGGCUGCGCGAUCGCGACAAAUUUGUGCAGCAACGCGAACGUGCUGUCAAAGCCAAAUACAUCAAGAAUGACUUCGAGUGGUGGUUAAAGCUGCGAAAAACAUCCAAAAAGUUCUGCAAAGUUGGGGCAUAGAAACGAACAGAUGAUGAGGACAGCGAAAUUCUUCCUAUUCAAUUCUUAAGGGGAUAUACUGCUAUUUAAAUAAAAUUAUUUUCAUACCUAA